AUGUUCCCUUUCGUGUUCCCUUUUCCUUUUUCCUUCCGUUGGGGUUACACAACACUUGUGGGAACCCGCUUCACUUCCUCCUUUUCCAAUUAUGAAGGUAACUGUGUUUUGUUUGCCACACUUCCGCUUGUUAUUUCUCCAACUGGUUUCACUCCCAGAAGUCGCGUGUACACCACUUGUGGAGGAAAUAUUACAUUAGGCAAAACCAACUAUGAAAAAAAUGGCAAUACAUUCCAAAAUAUUCCCUCAUCAUUGCAGAACUCAUGA